UCAAGUCGCUUCAGACGGAAGAAGAACUGUCAUGGAUUUCUUAGUGGACGACGAUGAAAAUAUUGUCUUCGACGAUACAUCUGAUGAUCGCAAUGUCUUACGAAUUGUGGUUACCGAAGCUAGCACAGAAAUCGCUCACGCUCUAAUGUAUCGAAUUCUUUCUAACAACGUAUUUGAAAAUGAUCAACUCAUUUAUUUAGUUGUUUACGAAACAUUUGAGAAGGCAUUAUUUUUAGAAAGUAUUGUAAUAGAGCUUACGGAAUUCAGCCCGGCUCAGCUCUAUGGUAGUCAGCCUUUUGAGAAAUUUUUAUUGCGCAAUUUUAUUUUUUUUAAACGUUUCCUUCUUUCUUUGAUAUACAUAGGAAUUAUUUGUACGCAUGAGCCGUCGAUCGCUUUUAAAGAUGCGGACAUUGUAUUUUGUAUUGGAUUAGCAAGAGGAUAUGAAUUUAUGGACGAAGAGUAUGAAGAUUUAUUUUUCGAGGAGUGUGCCUUAAUUGCAAAAUUUCAUGGUGAAACCUUAGAAAGAUAUGCAAAGAGAGAUGUAAAGGUAAUUGUUCUCGGAAAUAUAACAGCUACUAUUAUUUCGCAUUAUGCGAAAUCUAUUCCUAAGAAGAACUUUACGUCCUUAACGAAAUUAAACGUGAAAAUGUGCGCGGCACAUAUAGCAGCGCGAACUGGUUGUCGUGCCGAUCAAAUUAAAAAUAUUAUCUUAUGGGGUACCGAUAAUAAAAGUACGUUUCCCGAUUGUAGGUACAUGUCUUUUGAAAAAGAUGUGAUUAUCAAUGACUGUUUACGUGCAUGGCUAAAAGUAGAUUUACCACGGAUACUGAGAAAUAUAUUGAAUAGAUCUUGGUAUACCAGAUCGCUUGCAUAUGCACUUGCAGAACAUUGCAAAUUAUUGUGGUAUGGGACGGAACAAGAUGAAUGGACUUGCAUGGGUGUAUACUCUGAUGGUUCAUACGGUGUUCACGAGGAAAUAUUUUUUUCCUAUCCAGUAUUUUGCAAUAACAAAGAAUACGAGAUCGUUCAAGUAUCAGAUAUUUUUUUAUUAUCCAUAUAUUUCAGAGAAAUUUCAAUAUUAUUUUACUUAUAAUUUUUAUUUUAUAUACAAGGGUCUGCUAGAUGGCAAUUCAUUCGUCCAGCGACAAAUAGAGAAAAUAAGUGAGUUCCUGUUGUUGAAGAUUCGUGCUGCGUUUCGUAUUUGCAAUUCGAAGUAAAACAUAUCGAUUUACUUCGAUGAUAAGAGAUAUAUCCUGUUUAUUCAUUCCUAUGAGCAUUACAUAUAAAUGCUGGAACACUUCAUUUUACUUUUUUCUCUAAUACAAUUAUCCGAUUAAUGAUCCUAUAGUAUAUAUAAUAAUAUGCUUUCUAUAUAAUUAAUUCAAUUCACAUUUCGAAAUACUUUCAAUUUUCAAAACUGACUGAAGAUCGUUUGUGCUAUGCCGUUAUACAUACGACAAAUGUAAAUUUUACGACAUCAUAUGAAUGCUUUCACGCGCACGAUAUAUUUCUGGUCAUGAAAUAUGUCAGCGAAUUACAAUAUACUUACUUUCAGCUAAAUGCUCAUUUAUUUAUUGGUCCUUUGAAUUUGGUACCGGUCGCGCACCGAUUGCACCAUUUUUAUUUGAUUUUAUUUUUAAAGAUCCAGGUACAUUAUUUGCGUGGCUGAGAUAGCCCCAAAGGCCGCCAAAGCGCUUGCUACGCAAACCACUGCAGUUGUUGUCCCAGACACGCUAACUAUAGUUCCGAGGCAGCAAGAAAGGAAAAACUGCGCUAAGAAGACCAUUGAAGAAAUGAUGGCGACGUCAGUACCAAGACCACGAACGCCGCCACUUUGAAUAGCUUCUCCUUCGACCGUAAUUUCGAACUACAAAGGAGAUGUUGGAACAUUUGCAUUUUCUUUUCUUCUCUUUUUUCUUUUUUUUUGUCUUCAUUAAAAACUCAUACUCAUACUCACCGUCGACGAAGCAUGGUAAUGAGCAACUAAUAAAUAAGGCAUGGUAAAUAAAGUGGAGUACAUAACACCAGCCGUCCAAGAGAAUAUUAUCACGCCAGCAGGAUGUUUUAUGAUAGCCAUCAACAUCAUUCCACUACUGUAAAACAACAGGCCACAAAUGUACACUUUGCGAGCUCUGGAA